CCUUUAAAGGAGCGCUGACCAUCUUUAAAAUCCAUUCUCUCACCUCUUAUUAGCUUUAUUAACAUGAUCACCGGCCCCUCCCUUUAAAGGAGCGCUGACCAUCUUUAAAAUCCAUUCUCUCACCUCUUAUUAGCUUUAUUAACAUGAUCACCGGCCCCUCCCUUUAAAGGAGCGCUGACCAUCUUUAAAAUCCAUUCUCUCACCUCUUAUUAGCUUUAUUAACAUGAUCACCGGCCCCUCCCUUUAAAGGAGCGCUGACCAUCUUUAAAAUCCAUUCCCUCACCUCUUAUUAGCUUUAUUAACACGAUCACCGGCCCCUCCCUUUAAAGGAGCGCUGACCAUCUUUAAAAUCCAUUCUCUCGCCUCUUAUUGACUGAAUUUCUCUCCCUCAGACAGACCGGCUGUUUCAGACUCACCUUGACAGCGCGUAGUUCUGUUUUUAGUUUUUUUUUUUUUUUAAAAACCGCAUUUAGGUUUCAGUGAGGCGGAAGGAAAUGACGGUUUUAAAUUUUUAAGAGGAAGAGACAGUUCAGUUUUAGUUUUACUGCGUGCACUCAACCCACCCUUGGGAAAAUGAUUAUUUUUUUAAUUUUUUAUUAUUUUUAAUAAAACGGCACACGCGCAAACACGCAUUCUAUACAAUGUAAAUGUAAUUGCACGUAUAUCUAUCUAUCUAUCUAUCUAUCUAUCUAUCUAUCUAUGUAAAACUUUUUUUGGUAAACAUUUUAUGGCACUGCGUUUCAAACCGCGGAUUUUGGGACUUGAUUCAAUAUCGAUUUUCUGUGUUUCCAUGUUUUUGAUGAUUACGACGAAGAGACUUUAAUACAAGCUCUCUGAUGGCGCUCACAGAGGGGGGUACCCCCAGACUGGAGCCCCCCUCCCUCCUGGACCCCGAUUCCAGCUCUGCCGGGUCCGAGUCGGACAGCGCCUCUGUCGCCAGCGUGCAAGUACCGGUCAGAGAGACGGACAAGUACGGCUUCCUGCUGGGGACGCCAUCGGCCGCAGACUCCGAGGGCCCGCCCCCUCAGGUCGUCAGGCAGAGGGAGGUCAAGUGGUUGGACAUGAUCGGCCAAUGGGAUCGCUACAUGGACAGGAAGUACAGCAAGGUGAAGCUGCAGUCUCGGAGGGGGAUCCCAGCCUCUCUCAGAGCUCGCUGUUGGCCGCUGCUGUGCGGAGCCGCUGCUAGGAUGGAGAAAAACAAAAACAAAUACAGGGAGCUGGACCAGGCCCCGGGUGAGAGGAUGUGGGUGGAGAUCAUCGAGAGGGACAUCGACCGGCAGUUUCCCUUCCACGAGAUGUUCCUGUCGAGAGACGGGCACGGGCAAAGGGGCUUGCUCCGGGUCCUGAAGGCUUACACUCAGUACAGGCCUGAGGAGGGCUACUGUCAGGGGCAAGGACCCGUCGCAGCCGUGCUGCUGAUGAACAUGCCAGCGGAGCAAGCGUUCUGGUGUCUGGUUCAGAUCAGUGAGAAGUACGUCCCGGGAUACUACAGCCCCUUACUGGAGGGGGUACACUUCGAUGCCCAGGUGUUUGCUGCCCUGUUGAAGAGGCACUGCCCGCACGCUCACAGACACCUCCGGAAGCACGGGGUGGAGCCCCUCAUGUACUGCACAGAGUGGUUCAUGUGUCUGUUUACCAGAGCGCUCCCCUUCCCAGCCCUGCUCAGAGUGUGGGACAUGUUCUUCAGUGAAGGGGUGAAGGUUCUGUUUCGCGUGGCCCUCGUUCUCGUUCGUUCGGCCCUCGGCUCCUCGGACAGAACGAGGGAGUGUGACGGACAGCUGGAGACGCUGGAGCGAUUGCGCUCGAUAAACGAGAGGAGCCUGCAGGAGGAGGCCUUCAUACAGGAGGUUUGCUCAGUCUCUCUCUCGGAGAGGGAAGUUGAACGCGAGACAUCAGUCCAGUUCCUAAAGUGGCAGCAGCAGCGUCCGGACUCGACCUUCGACCCCCGCGGGCGGUGUCAGGGGUCACGCGCGGCCCACGAGGCGAACGAGCGAGAGGAGAGAGAGAGGGAGCUCCUAGCGAAGAGGGGCAGCACCCUCUCCCUCUCCUUCUCCCUCUCCCUCUCGCUCCCCCUCUCCCUCGGAACAGAGCCACGGAGGAGGAAGAGCGUGGGGUGUGCUCGCGAGCAGGACAGGGCUGGGAGACUGGGAGAGGGGACUGGGGAGGAACUGGGAAGCUGUACCGGGGAUUCCGAGGGGACUGGGGAUCGGGACAGGGGUUCGGAUUUGAAGGAGAUUUCAAGGAAGGAAGGCAGCGGCUUUGAGGGAAGAGACAGAACAUCUGAGGAUCAGGCUAAAGAUUCGAAAGCUGUGAUCCUCAAUGUGAUUGAUCAGGAGAAAGAGACGAGAGGCGAGGAUAUCAAUAUCAUUGAUCAGGAGAAAGAGACGAGAGGCGAGGAUAUCAAUGUGAUUGAUCAGGAGAAAGAGACGAGAGGCGAGGAUAUCAAUGUGAUUGAUCAGGAGAAAGAGACGAGAGGCGAGGAUAUCAAUAUCAUUGAUCAGGAGAAAGAGACGAGAGGCGAGGAUAUCAAUGUGAUUGAUCAGGAGAAAGAGACGAGAGGCGAGGAUAUCAAUAUCAUUGAUCAGGAGAAAGAGACGAGAGGCGAGGAUAUCAAUGUGAUUGAUCAGGAGAAAGAGACGAGAGGCGAGGAUAUCAAUAUCAUUGAUCAGGAGAAAGAGACGAGAGGCGAGGAUAUCAAUGUGAUUGAUCAGGAGAAAGAGACGAGAGGCGAGGAUAUCAAUGCAAUUGAUCAGGAGAAAGAUCCGAGGGGAGAAGAUCUCAAUACAGUUGAUCAGACUCGAGCUCCCAAAGCAAUCGAUCGGGUUGGGGAUUGGAAGGCCGCGGAGGAAAGAGUGAUUGAUCCCAAUACGGAUCUGAUAGUUCCAGAUCCCAGCGGAAUUGAUCAGGCGAAAGACAGCAGAGCCGAGGCCCUGACAGCGAUUGAUUGGGAGAAAGAUACGACAGGCCGGGUCAUCAAUACAGCUGAUGGGAAUCCCAAAGCCAUUGAUCAGGCUAAAGACUCCAAAGCUGAGGUCAUCAAUACAGCUGAUGGGAAUCCCAAAGCCAUUGAUCAGGCUAAAGACUCCAAAGCUGAGGUCAUCAAUACAGCUGAUGGGAAUCCCAAAGCCAUUGAUCAGGCUAAAGACUCCAAAGCUGAGGUCAUCAAUACAGCUGAUGGGAAUCCCAAAGCCAUUGAUCAGGCUAAAGACUCCAAAGCUGAGGUCAUCAAUACAGCUGAUGGGAAUCCCAAAGCCAUUGAUCAGGCUAAAGACUCCAAAGCUGAGGUCAUCAAUACAGCUGAUCAGGAAAAAUACUUCCAGGGGACGAAAGACGAUCUCAAUAACAAAACUGUUCAGGUUUCAAGGGCCGAAGAGCUCGGAGUUAUCAAUGCGGCCGAUCGGAAGAGAGGUUCGAGAACGGGCGGUAACGCGAUCAAUACGGAUCCAGUGACCGCGGCUGCCGAUCAGGACGCAGAUUCAGGUCUCGACAGCGCUAUUGAUUGGGGUAGUGAUCAGACGGCAACAGGAUUAGGCGACGUUGAGCCGCAAAAGGGUCAGAUCGAUGCCAUCGAUCAGGAUAAAGAUGCCGUCGACGAUAACGUUGAUCAGGAGAUUGAUCCGGUUGAAUCUCCGGAGCGCAGUGCGCAAGGCUCAGCGGGGAAAGAGAUUAUCGAUCCGAGCCGAGGUGGGGUGAGAGAAAUUGAUCAGGUAUCGGCAGGAAUCGAUACAGACGAUCAGGAGGGAGACUCUGCGGGUAAAGCGAAGGAAUUUGAUCUCCUAGCUCCAGAGCUGGAUGGUAUUGAUCCGAUUGGAAAAGGCGCAAAGGCUACAGCGGACCUCGAGAAAGAACCGACAGCCGCCCAUCAGAAGGUUAUUGAUCCGGGUAUCAAUGCAAUCGAUCAGGAACGAAAUCCGAGCAAAGCAGGACGCAACACGGCCGAUCAAGGUGCAAUAUCGAAAGAUCCCGGAGGUAUUGAUCGCGAUCAAGUCCAGAUAGACCCACAGCAGCCCGCUAUUGAUCGCAGUGAUGUCCCGAUGACUGAGAAACAGACAGCUAUUGGGUUGAAUAGAGAUUUCAAAGCCAGACAAAGGAAUCAAUUCAAAAAGCCGACCGAUAAGGAAUGUGAGGUCAGGAAAGCGGGCGAUGGCAAAGCCGGGCGUUUCCAUAAAAACGUUCCCGAUCCAGGAGGGGAAUUCCCAUCCGGAGUUUGCAGGGAUCCCAGGGAACUGGAUCCAGCUCCAGCGGGAAUUCCAAGCAAAUCAAAAACAGAGCCGAUCACAGGGAAAAAUCUCUCGCAGUUCCCAGCCAGCAUUCCCAAGAUCCUGGUGGAGGAUUUGAGCUCCCCCCCCCUGGAAUCGGAGAAAGAAAAAAAGAAACGGCUGAAGGCGGAGAGGAAGCGAGAGAAGGAGGAGGCGAAGAGGAGGGAGAGGGAGAGGAAGGAGAGAGAGAGGAGGGAGAGGGAGCGACAGAGGGAGGUGGAGAGAGAGCUGAGGGAGAGGAGGAAGGAGCGAGAGAGGGCGAGGGAGAGGGAGGAGAGGAAGGAGGGGGGGAGGAACCGAAAGCCACCGCAGACCAGGGGGAAGACUUUUCACGUGACCCCGGCCCAGCGCGACGCUGAAUUGGUUCCCCCUUCAGAGAGCAGCAAAACUGACCUGGAUCUGGAGACUAAGAGACACUCGGCUCCAUUCUAUGACACAUAUUUUUAAGUUCUUCAUUUUUGUUACAGCUGUAAAAUAAAUCAGUUCUCUCACCUCUUAUUAGCUUUAUUAACAUGAUCACCGGCCCCUCCCUUUAAAGGAGCGCUGACCAUCUUUAAAAUCCAUUCUCUCACCUCUUAUUAGCUUUAUUAACAUGAUCACCGGCCCCUCCCUUUAAAGGAGCGCUGACCAUCUUUAAAAUCAAUUCUCUCGCCUCUUAUUAGCUUUAUUAACAGGAUCACCGGCCCCUCCCUUUAAAGGAGCGCUGCCCAUCUUUAAAAUCCAUUCUCUCACCUCUUAUUAGCUUUAUUAACAUGAUCACUGACCCCUCCCUUUAAAGGAGCGCUGACCAUCUUUAAAAUCCAUUCUCUCACCUCUUAUUAGCUUUAUUAACAUGAUCACCGGCCCCUCCAUUUCGUGUGUUGAAGACAUUUAGAGUCUUUGCUUGUGUUUUAUACAUCAGUUUGAAAUAUGCUGAUAAAUAUAUAAACUUGUUGAAUAGAAUUUUAUGAAGAAUUUCAUUUUGUAUAUUUUGAUAUUUCUUUGUCAUUUAGUAUAUUUUUUUAAAGUUUGCAAAAUAAAAUGCAUGUUCACAA